AUGCCGAUACUUUCUAUCGUUGAUGCACAUAUUGACCCAACAGGCUCUGUCCAGGCUGUGAUGGAAAAGGUGAGUGAUAUACCUGAUGAUUCCUUGGAAUUAGAGGCAGAGGCACUAAGCACAUACUUGCAGGUCAUCUUUAGUGCGGAAAGUGUGCCAAAGGACAGCAUACAAAAUCUCCUUGUUGCUCUUGAUAAGAGGUGCAUUGACCUACUGUCCUGUCACAUCCGGCUUCCUCUCUGCGUCCAGGCUCUUGGGGAGACGCUACGGGGCGCCUUAUCAGAAUUGAGCAUAGAGCACGGGAGGCCCCGUGAUCGUGACAUUGACAGCUCAGGACAUGCAAGCGAAAUCGUUUGCUCUAUGCUUUGCUACUCUGUAAGCGCAUGUAUCUCGCUUUCACAAUCUAUAGGGCUCAGGGGGCUCAUUAGAACCUUAGACAGUUAUCUCCCCAAAGGCCCCAUUUUUGACUUUAUUAUUCAGCGCUGCCUUUCUUCCAAGUUCUUCACACCAAAUACAGAAACAUUGUUAAGCGGCGUGGAUACUCUCUGUAGUAGGGGAAAAUAUGCCACCCUUUCAGCGUCUAUCUCCAUUAGCAACACUUCUGUAGCCACAGAUAUUAUAGCGCACUUGUUAGCAUGCCAUUCGCGGGACUUUUUUCGUGUGUUUGCAACCAGCUUAGAAAGUGAGGGCCAUCGGGCAUCUACACUGCUAGAAUCAUUUACACUAGAAGUACUUACUCAACGGCUGACAAAAGUUUUUCCCUAUGAUGCAUCCUCUAUGCCUACUUCGUGGAUAGGUGCCUUUGUCACCUAUGUGGUGGAGUCUACUAGUGACCUCACAUUCAUGGCUGCUUUCUCCAGUUGCUUCUUCACCUGGAUCUUCCAGUUUCAUUCGAUUUCUUCGAGUGACGCAACUGCGCAAGACGUCUGGGCUUUUACACUUUUAGACAGAUUGGCUACUGUGAUGACAAUGUGCACGCGGGCCGCAGAACGAUUUCUGCGUGGAAUGUGCACGUGCUUAGCUAUGCUCACACAUGCUGAAGUGCACACUUUCAUUUUUAGACAAACCAGCAGGCCACAGUCAGCAUCUCUAGGGGCUGAGCUCAACUUGAUUAUCGCAAUACUAACGAAAUUAGUUAAGGCAACACGCAUGUUCAUGCAGGUCUCGCCCGCCUUAGAGUCGAACCAGCUUCUUCUCAUUGAUACUGCCGUGCCAUAUCUUCAAGCACUCAUUCUCUCGGAUAGAGAUGCAGCCACCAAGCAGCUGAACACUUUCGCAGAUGCACAUGCAAUUAUUAACAUAAGUAAAGGCUUUGCCGAUUCUCUUGCAUCAAGGAGUGAUCUUCUGUUGUAUAUUGUCACCAACAACAUCACAUUACAAGGAGUUACUGACCAGAGUCAGGAACAAAGCUCUACCCUGGCUUUAACCACGCACACCACCAUAACAGAAGACCCGGAUAACACAGGUCUUGUUUCAAUUGCCAGCACAAGCCGUAUCGCCAGUACAUCGUUGUCCGGGCUUCUUGCAGAUGUUCUCGGCCAAGAACCUAUUCCAGGAGAUCUGCUAUCAAACCUCCACAAAUCAAUACCAAAGUCUUUGGAGGAGGCCAUCUCUCUCUUGCAGUAUCCAUCUGGGCAGCCGCAGUCUCGCUACUAUCACAUACUAUCCCUUGCAUCUCUGCCUCCACUGAUUAAAAAUACAUCUCAGAUUAUCAUCAUCAGUAAGGCCCAAGAGCUACUGGACUCCGUUCUUUGGUUAGACGACAUAGCCACCUUGCAAACAAUCAAGGGUAAGAGUGCGUGGCAUGUACUGAAGGCCCGGUCCAUCUCUAGCGCAAUAGAAAAGGCACCUUAUGUGGUGGGUACCACGCUUAUCGAGCGCUCUCUUCAGAAGCACAAGGCCACAGUGGGGGGCUUUAUAAUUGGACUCCGUGCUGUGACUGAAAUCUCCCACCGACUCACAGCCAGGCAAGCACUCUGCCUGAUAAGUACACUUAACAAUCGCAGUCAGAUUUUUUUCCAUAAGAUAGAGCUCACAGAGCCAGUCUUCUUCACCCUCACUAGCCUAGUGGAUACCAUUUCUAAAUCCGCAGACAGGCAGGUUCUGUGUUGUGUUCCUCUAUGCUGCGAUAGCUAUGCUGACCACGUAGUAAGGAAGUGUCUACUUUCUGCAAAUGGGUCAGUUAGCGAGUCUGUUACAAAGGGAGAGAAGCUGUUUAUAGCCACAGUAAUACACGCUUGUGCUCAAACAACAGGUGCUCUGAGGCUCUUGCUCUUUGAAUUCUCUAAGCGAAAUAAUGCACUGAAACAGCCAAAUGAGAUAGAGGAAAGCUCUUUGCCAGCUUCGCUCCUACUAACAAGCACAGACUCUCUGGGACGAGCUCUUAAGUCAUUUUCUGCAGUAACUAAACUUUCGCAGUUGUCAGAAGAAGGAUGCGACAUAUCCAUCGGGAAUAUAAUUCAUGGUACAAGCGCAGAGCUGGUGGGAAGCCAGAUGGACUACUGCCAGUCUCUACAGGGCUUUGAUGUGAUAGAUAAGAUAACACAGAUGUUCUCGAGUAAGUCAUCGAUAGAUGCCGAAUGUAGAACCCUAUUGCAGGGAGCUGCAGAGAAUAUUCUGGGCUUCUUUGGCCUUAAAGAAUACGGUGAGCUACUUCUUGAGAAGACUAGCUAUCAUCAAAGUUAA